UUCAAGACGUUUUAUUUGUUGUUUGUUAUUUUGAGAAAAUGAAAAAUUGUUCAUAAUCACAUGUUUCAAGUUUUAUCCCUUCAAAUUAUUUUUCAAGCACAAAAGCAUUUCGCUUCCUCAUCUUGUAGUUCCAAAAUUUUUAGCCGACAUGACGUUCUCCUGUCACAAAUAUAUACCGGCUACAACAGUUCUUCCGCUUGACCUCAAACCUGUGCUCAAGCUUACAAAUCCUUCCCCUCAUUUAUCAAUGUCGAUGAAGGAAAAUGAGACUUUUGUGCCAAAGUCAUUUAGCCAGUUGGAGCACUUGUUUGGCCCCUCAAAAAUCGUAAGUGAUUUACAUAGUGUGUGCCCGGUUGUGUCGAAGGAAGAGACAUUGGAUCAGGAUAAAAUCGUUAAAAAGGAAUCGCUGAUGCAGAAGCCACAUCUGAUAAAGAAUGAUAACAUGUCAUUUAAUGGUGAUGAAUCAGAUGUAUCCAUCCAUGUCAAGUCAGAGCAGAAAGUUGAAGUUGAAGUUGAACAGGAUGAAAGUAAAUCUGAAGAAGAAAUACCAAUGCUCAUUGAAUAUAUGGAUUACAAUGUUGAAUGGAAUGGAAAAACGCACAAAACUCAUUUCUACCAUUAUUAUUCAAAUGACAGCUUGGUAGUGAGAAGAGGACAGCUAUUCAAGAUCACGUUUAUCACAACAAAACCAUUACCAGAAGGCGAUUACUUCACAAUCCUUUUAGAAUUUCAAAAUUGUUCAAAUCCUGAUUUUGGAAAUGGUACUAAAGCUUUAGUAAGGGUGUACCCAUUAAAUCAAAAACGGCCUCCAGCCCAUGGAAACUGGUCAGCGUACCACGGGGAAAUAUCCUCAGAAACAAACCAAUCCAUCACUAUUGAUAUUAUACCACAUAUACAUUGUAUGCUAGGUAGUUGGAAAAUGUCAUUUUAUAAUAAAAACGUUAAUAUGCAUAUAUGCAAAACACCAAUUUAUGUAAUUUUCAAUCCAUGGUUAGAAUACGGAGAUGAAAUUCCAUUGGAAGAAAACCAACUAGUUGAAUACCUGAUCAAAGAUGUUGGUGAUAUCAUAUUAGGAAAACCCGAUAAGCCAAAGUUGGAAUUUUGGAAAUAUUCUCAGUAUGAAAAUAAUGUUUUACCUGCAGUAUUUUCAAUGCUUUAUGACAACGGACAGUUGAAAUAUCUCGAUGCUGGAAAUAUUGUUAAUAUUACAAGGGCAUUAAUCAAAGCAAUAAUGAAUCCUAUGGUAGAUGAAUACAAGUGGGGGCAUAUCAAGGAAAAACUCACUUUAGCAGGAAGCAAAUCAUUAAUCGAAGCGUAUCAAAGGAAUAAAAUAGUAGAUACUAAAAAAUACUUUCUUGGUGAAGUUGGACUGAUGGUGACAGCAUUUCGAGCGUUAGGAAUUCCAGCGAGAGUUGUAACCGGAUUUGGUGUCGUUAGACGCCUUGUAAACGAUUGUAGUUUUGCCUGCAACAAAUAUUACACGACAGACCAUCGGACCAUACAUGAUAUAUAUGAAGAACUUUGGUAUUUACGACCUUGGAUCGAAGUUUUUAUUCCUCGCAAAGACAUCUGUGAGGAAUACUGCGAAUGGCAAUGGGUCUGUGAAUAUGGACCUGUAUCUCGUGACGCUCUCCGAAGGAGGCAUCUAGAAAGGCCCUUUGGAACCCUGUAUGCAUACAAUUCUUUAUAUUCAGGAGUUUUGCAGUGGGAGUAUGAUGAGAGAGAUCCACAAAAGCACAAAAAAUUAGUAGAUUAUGACAAUUCAGUGCUUCAUAAGCGAAUCUUCACAAAGGGCACUCAUCCUCGAACUGUGUGCGAUCUCACUCAAAGCUACACUAUAAUCAAAGAAAGCGAGCCAAAGAUACACAAAAUUCUGAAGACAACCAAAAGUGUAGGUGAUUAUAUUGCAAAUUCCCAUAACGAUGACUUAGAAGUAGAUUUUCAAUAUGAGGACGAAGUUUUAAUUGGGAAUACCAUUAAAUUCCUCAUGAUUCUCAAAAAUAAAUCUGAAAUAAACAAUUUAUUCCUUAACUAUAUUCUAGUGUUUGAAUCGAUAUAUUUAAAUGGAAAGUUGCAUAAAAUUAUUCACAAUUCUGAGGACAAUUGCAUGUUGAAAAAGAAAACAAUGGAGUGCCGUGAGAUUGAAUUCAAGUCAGAGCGAUACAUUGACAAAAUUGAACCAGAGUAUGGACUUUGCAAAGUCUGUCUGCAAGUUAGAGCAAAACGUAUCAAUUUUACAUAUAUUACUGAAAAAUACAUUACAGUUAAACAACCUCCAUUAUUAAUGACUAUAUUGAAAGAUGAGAUGAAUCAGGAUAGUCAUUUUGUUCACAUCGAACUGACUAACAGUCUUGAUAAAGACAUUAUAGACAGUAAUCUAAUAUUGCAAGAGAUUGACACAAACAACAAAAUAAUCUUGAAAAUACAAAAAAUCGCUGGCCUUGGUAAAUUUAUUGCAGAUGUAGAGCUUGGAAACAAAGUCAAUGUUGGUACAUUUUAUUUUGUGGUUAAAUUCCUUUCUGAGGUGAUUAACUGCAAAGUUUUUGGACAGUUGGAGUUGAAAGAGGAAGAGACUAAAUGUGAAUCUUAGAAUGUGCUUAACCUAGAAAAGAUUUAAAAAUAAAUAAAUAAAACAAUA